CCAGGAGGAGGUGGAGAGCGCUGUCUAGCGUGCUUUCUGGACAGGCCUCCGGUGCAGCUGAGGACAAAGGUCUUAGCUCUCCUGCGGCCCUGGGUUCUUCACUUGUACAGAGCCGGGCCUGCAGCCUCGCCUGUACCUGGGCAUUGACAACUGUAUAAAGACUCAGGAAAUCCACUUGGUUGGCCCAAGAUUAGACCAUUUCUCCAAGCCAAGGAGGCCCUGGACCGCCUCAGCCCUAACCGUCCAUUGCCCAGCCUCCUCCCUCAUCCUCCCUCAGGCCUGGGAGUCAGUGCCCAGCCUCCUCCCUCAGUCCCCAAAGGUCCUUGCCCAGACUCUCUCCCUCAGACCCAGGAAUUUGCCUCAGCAUGCCUUUGACUGCAAGAAAGCAUCCAGCUCUGGCCCCUCGUGGAGCCUGAGCCUGCCCAUCCCCCAGGGUGUCUGGGGAGCACCUGUGCAGGACACUUUCUGGUGAAAGAAGCACUAGGAUUGCAUCAGGGAGGACAGACAGCAGCUGAGCGCAGGAGCUGACUGCUAAGGGGUUGGUGAGGGUGGUUGGCCCGUGGCCAGCUGGGAGCCUUCCACCUGCUGAGGACUCCUCUUUCACAUGGCUGAUGCAGCUUUCCUGAUUAAAGAAGCCCCAGACCCCCGCCCUUCCAACACCGCUUGAACCUUGAAAUUCAAAUUGGGUGGACCAGAUGGGAGAGAUGGCUCAGUGGUCAAAUAGGGUGGACUACACAGUUGCUAACACAGAAAGUCUGAGGCCCACGGCUCCUUCUUAGUACCCAGGAGCCAGACCCCAGCCUCCUCCCUCAGACCCAGGGCCCCAAAUUCCAGCUUUCCUCCCCUCAGAUGCUGAAGUGCAGACCCUAGCCUCCUCCCUCAGACCCAGGAGUACAGACCCCAGCCUCCUGCCUCAGACCCAGGAGUACAGACACCAGCCUCUUCCCUCAGACCCAGGAGUGAGACCCCAGCCUCCUGCCUCAGACCCAGGACCCCAAAUCCCAGCUUUCCUCGAACGGUGAAGGGCAGAUCCCAGCCUCCUUCUUUAGACCUGGGAGUCCAGACUCCAACCCUCCUCUCUCGGACCCAGGAGCACAGACCCCAGCCUCAUCCCGUAGAGCUAGAAGUGCAAACCCCAAUACUCUUCCCCCAAACCUAGGGGUCCAUGCCCAGCACUUUUCCCCCAGACCCCUGUUGGAAAGACCCCUCCCCCAUUGCAUCAUCCAUCCAGGCCGCCCUGGCCACGGUGGAAUUCAGGUUCCUGCCAAGUGUGUCAAAUAUCACGCGUCAGGAGUGGGGAGGGCACAUGGGCGGUCCUGUCUGGGUAUAAAUUGUGGUAUUUCUGCAUCCACCAGACAGCCUUAGUGUCCUGUCAGCUGGGGAGUCACCUCCGGAGAAGCAGGCAUUCACUUUGCCCGAGCCCCAGGCUGAAGCUGAGCCUUCUCUGCUGGGGCGCCGGAGUCCAGACUCUCCUCAGAUGCCUGCCAAGGGCUCUCCCUAAAGGAGUGUGAUUAGCUGACUGGAUGGAAUCUAGUGUUGGGGUCCUGGGCCUGUGGGUCCCUCUGCUGGCUGUCUUCAUACUGGAGGUCUGCCAGACACACCCCAUCCCUGACUCCAGCCCUCUCCUCCAGUUUGGGAGUCAAGUCCGGCAGAGGUACCUCUACACAGACGAUGACCAGGAUACCGAAGCCCACCUGGAGAUCAGGCAGGAUGGAACUGUGGCAGGCGCUGCACACCGCAGCCCAGAAAGUCUCCUGGAGCUCAAAGCCUUGAAGCCAGGGGUCAUUCAAAUCCUGGGUGUCAAGGCCUCUAGGUUUCUUUGCCAACAGCCAGAUGGAACCCUAUAUGGAUCUCCUUCCUUCGAUCCUGCCGCCUGCAGCUUCAGGGAGCUGCUGCUUGAGGAUGGGUACAAUGUGUACCGGUCUGAGGCCCAUGGCCUGCUCCUCCGUCUGCCCCAGAGGGACUUGGCAAACCAGGAUCCAGCAUCCCAGGGACCUGUGCGCUUCCUGCCCAUGCCGGGCCUGCUCCAAGAGCCCCAAGAGCCACCAGGAUUCCUGGCCCCAGAGCCCCCCAAUGUGGGCUCCUCUGACCCGCUGAGUAUGGUAGAGCCUUCACUGGGCCAAAGCCCCAGCUAUGCUUCUUGAAUCCCUCUGAUUCCAGGAACAUUUCUCUUUGGGUUUCCUCUUAUUUAUUAUGGGUAUUUAUUUAUUUAUUUACAAUUUUUUCUUACUUGGAAUAAUAGAGUCUGAAAAAAAUGUGUUUGUUUGUUUGUU